AUGGCAACAAAAAGAAAACAAGCCAAUGCAAAUGUUUCUCCAAUUGGAAAUGACAACAAAAGGCAAUUUCUUAAUCAAUUAUCUGAAUUGAAUCAAAAGACAACAGAAAUUGAACAAGACUCUAAUAUACCGCUUUAUGCUCAACAAAUGCUCAAGCAAAUGUCAGCACUUCUGCAGCUUGCAGGUUCAAUUAUUGGAGAUCAAGUAAUGAUGGCCGAUGCAAUUGAAGAGGACCGACGACAACACAGUGUUGUUUUUUCGGGAAUCAAAGAAAGCAAGGCAACAACGGCAACACAAAAAGCAGCUGAAGACAAACAACAAAUAAUUAAAUUAUUGGACUUGUGUGAUGUUGAAUGUCUUCCAGUAAAAGUAUAUAGAAUGGGAACAACGAAAGAAUAUGGAAACCGCCUUAUAAAAGUUGAAUUACCAACACGUUGGCAUGUGAGGCGUCUUCUUGGAGCAAAAAAGAAAAUGGCUGAUGGUAUAAAGGUUAGAGAAUCUUUAAAUAAGAAUCAAUUAGCUGAAAGGGCCCAUUUAAUUUCGUAUUGUAGGGACAGAUAUAAAUCUGACCCAAAUUGUGAUUGUGUUAUUUAUGGUGGUCAUGUUAUGACCAGGGGUGAAAUUUCCCGGUUCCGAAAGGAUCCGGGGAAUUUCAUCUGUGCUUGUCACAGUAAAUAGGGGGGGCCUGCCACUUACACAAAAAAUACUGGUAUAACAAAAAAGGGUUUCCAGAAAUUAUCUAAUGUUAAUAUAAAUUUACGACUAAAAAUAAAUAAUUUAAAUCCUGGUAAUUUUGAAGGUAUAAAAUGUGGAUUGGCUAAUAUAAGGUCUUUAAAUAAAAAAACUGAGGAAAUAACCCUUGCCCUUGACAAUUUUAAAUUAGAUGUAUUAGGAUUAACUGA